GUAUUGCGGCUGAGCCAGCGCCAGCUGCUCGACUGCUUCUUCUCCGCCGAGUUUUCGCUCGUCUGAUGUUCGGGCAAACAUGUCCGUAAUGGGAGGCGGUACGAGGGGUUUUUACUUCAACACAGUCCUGUCGCUGGCCCGCUCUUUAGCCGUUCACCGUCCCGCACCAGCGGAGAAGGUCCAGAAGCUACAAUGUAUGUGUCCACAGGAAGUGCGUGGUGUUUUCACCCUGGAUGUGCGUCGCAGAGAUGCUGUUAUUGCACUCGCUGUGUUUCUGGUGGAGUCCGGCCUUCAGCACAAAGACAUUCUUGUUUCCUACUUGCUGAGUCUAGUGAAAGGUUUGCCACGGGUGCAAUGGAUUGAAGAGAACUUGGGAAAGAAAGGAAAGGAAUAUCUCCCUGUUGCAGAAACCUUCAGCUUCUGUCUAGUGACUCUUUUGUCAGAUGUGGCUCAGAGAGACCCAGAUUCCAGAUAUGAGAUUUUGAACACUGUAAUGGAGGUCAUGCAGGCAUUGCAGGAGAUGUGCCAAACACCUGAUAAUCAAGACAAUGUUUACCUGUGCAGAUAUAUUAUUCCCACCCUGCUUGGCAUGACUCGAGCGUUUGGCCGCUACAGCAACACAGACGAAGCACUGUUGUCCAAGUUGUUCCCCAAAGAUUCACCCCAGGCGCCCUGUGUCACAGAGGAAACGGAAGGAGUGCGGCGCAGAUCCUUCAACGACUUUCGUUCCAUCCUACCAUCCUCACUACUGACAGUUUAUCAGAGUGACACUCUGCGCAGACGUACCGGGACCAACCUGGAUUCCUCUGCACAGGCGUGUACAGACCCAGGAGGGCACUCACCCUGCUCUCCCACUGCUCCUGGCCCACAUUAUUUUGAAGGUGCUUACCUCCCAGACAGCAGUGCAGUGGACCCUGACUACUAUUUCUCCACAGUCAGCUCCAGUUUUUCAGUGUCCCCUCUCUUCUUGGGGGUAGGGGAAAAUGAUGUGGAGGUUCCGGUCGAUUUGCUCCGACAGCUCCUUGGAAUGGUGAAGAAGGUUGUUUCUGAAUCUUUUUUGAAAACUCUUGACACCAUCAUGUUGGAAGUUGGAGAGUCUAAUCCUGGAAUCAACCUCUAUUACAAAACCAUCAGUGACCCUCUUUAUGUGUGUGUGUUCAAAAUGCUGCGGGACACACUAUAUUACAUGAAAGCCUUGCAGCCAGCGUUCGUAAGGGAAGUGCAUGAUUUCGUACUGGAGCAAUUUAGCAGCAGUCAGUCAGAGCUGCAGCGGGUACUACACGAUGCAGGGGGGUUGCCAGGGGAACAGAGCCCUCUCAAGCUUCGUUGCCAAGCCAAUGCUGCAUGUGUGGACCUCAUGGUGUGGGCUGUCAAAGAUGAGCAAGGAGCAGAGAAUUUGUGCACCAAGCUGUCAGAGAAGCUGCAGUCAAAGACCUCCAGUAAAGUCAUCAUUGCACAUAUGCCCCUGCUCAUCUGUUGCCUACAGGGUCUGGGUCGUCUGUGUGAGAGGUUUCCAGUAGUUGCUCAUUCUGCCACAACCUCUCUCAGGGAUUUUCUGGUGGUUCCUUCUCCCGUUCUCAUAAAACUCUACAAGUAUCACAGCCAGUGCAGCACAGGCACAGGAGAAAUUCGGAUUAACGUGACCAAUGAGCAUUCUCAGUCCACCUUCAAUCUCCUGUCAAACAGGAAAGACCAGCCGUCCAUGUAUGAACAGCUCAGAGACAUCUCCAUCGACAACAUCUGCAGGUGUCUGAAAGCUGGGCUGACCAUGGACCAUGUGAUAGCAGAGGCCUUUCUAGCCAGUCUGUCCAAUCGUCUUUACAUUUCACAAGAAAAUGAGAAGGAUGCCCACCUAAUCCCAGAGCACACCAUUCGAGCACUGGGCCACAUUGCUGUGGCUUUGAGAGACACACCUAAAGUCAUGGAGCACAUCUUACAAAUCCUUCAACAAAAGUUCUGUCAGCCUCCCUCACAGCUGGAUGUGCUCAUCAUUGACCAGCUGGGCUGUAUGGUCAUCACAGGCAAUCAAUACAUCUAUCAGGAGGUAUGGAACCUGUUUCAGCAGAUCAGCGUAAAGGCCAGUUCAGUGGUUUACUCGGCCAAAGACUACAGAGAUCAAGGCUACAGGCACUGUUCUCUGGCAGUGAUAAAUGCUCUGGCCAAUAUUGCAGCCAACCUGCAGGGGGAGCAGCUGGUUGAUGAACUAAUGGUGAACCUAUUAGAACUGUUUGUCCAACUAGGCCUGGAAGGAAAGAGAGCCAGUGAGAGAGCCUCAGACAAGGGACCAGCACUGAAGGCAUCAAGUAGUGCUGGCAAUCUUGGAGUUCUUAUCCCAGUGAUUGCUGUGUUGACCAGGCGACUUCCGCCAAUCAAAGAGGCCAAGCCCCGCCUCCAGAAGUUGUUCAGGGAUUUCUGGUUGUACUCUGUGGUCAUGGGUUUUGCUGAAGAAGGAUCGGGGCUUUGGCCAGAGGAGUGGUAUGAGGGCGUGUGUGAGAUUGCCACAAAGUCUCCUCUUCUCACCUUCCCCAGUGGAGAACCUCUUCGCUCUGAACUGCAAUACAACUCUGCUCUGAAAAAUGACACAGUAACACCGGCUGAGUUGAGCGACCUGCGGGCAACCAUCAGCAACCUCCUUGACCCACCUCCUGAAGGGUCUGCCCUCAUUAACAAGCUUGACUUUGCCAUGUCUACGUAUCUGCUCUCAGUCUACAGAUUAGAAUACAUGAGAAUGCUUCGAUCCAAUGAUCCCGACAGGUUCCAGGUUAUGUUUCGAUACUUUGAAGACAAAGCCAUCCAGAAGGAUAAAUCUGGCAUGAUGCAGUGCAUUAUUUGUGUUGGUGAUAAAGUAUUCGAUGUCUUCCUCCAAAUGAUGGCUGAAAAGCCAAAGACCAAAGAGCAUGAGGAGGAACUGGAGCGUCAUGCCCAAUUCCUUUUGAUCAACUUUAAUCACACCCACAAGAGGAUCCGCAGAGUAGCAGACAAAUACCUCUCUGGUUUAGCUGAGACAUUCCCCCAUCUGCUGUGGAGUGGUCGUGUGCUUAAGACCAUGUUGGAUAUUUUGCAGACAUUGUCUCUGUCACUAAGUGCUGACAUUCACAAGGAUCAGCCGUACUAUGACAUUCCAGACACCCCCUACAGGAUCACUGUUCCUGACACAUAUGAAGCCCGAGAGAGUAUAGUUAAGGACUUUGCUGCUCGGUGUGGUGAGAUCCUUAAAGAGGCAAUGAAAUGGGCACCUUCAGUCACAAAGUCUCACCUACAGGAGUACCUCAACAAGCACCAGAACUGGAUGUCUGGACUGUCGCAGCACACUGGCCUCGCCAUGGCCACCGAGAGCAUACUGCACUUUGCAGGCUACAAUAGACAGAGUACUACUCUAGGCGCUGCUUUCCCUCAGACCACCCAGCUCACAGAGAGACCAGCAUGUGUGAAGAAGGACUACUCCAACUUCAUGGCAUCACUCAACCUGCGCAACCGCUACACAGGAGAGGUGGCUGGUAUGAUCCAAUUCUCAGAGGCGAUUCAUAGUCAGUCAGACCUCAACAAGCUGAUGAUCCAUCAGAUGACUAAUGCUCUGGACAGAAAAGACCCAGAGGCCUUCACUCAGUCCAUGUUCAAGAUGGCUGCCCUGCUUAUCAUUACCAAAAACUGUGAUCCCCAGCUUUUGCACCACCUGUGUUGGUCUCCUCUGAAGAUGUUUACAGAACAUGGGAUGGAAACGGCUAUUGCUUGCUGGGAAUGGCUCCUGGCUGCACACAAUGGUGUGGAAGUGCCAUUCAUGCGUGAGAUGGCAGGUGCUUGGCAGAUGACAGUAGAGCAGAAGAUGGGUUUGUUUUCAGAGACUAAAGUAGAGGCCGGUCCACUGGCUGUCUCAGAGGAGAGUCAGCCUGCACCGUGUGCACCUGAUGUCAUCCCUCACUUUCUCUGGAUAGAGUUUCUAGUGCAGAGGUUUGAGAUAGCGAAGUACAGCAGCGCUGACCAAGUGGAGAUAUUCACCACUAUUUUGCAGAGAUCUUUGAUUUUAAGUGUCGGUGGACCCAAAAGCAGUUUGAACCGACAUGUUGCUGCUAUUGGACCAAGAUUCAGACUGCUUACUCUGGGCUUGACUCUUCUGCAUGCUGAUGUUGUGACAAAUGCAACUAUCAGAAAUGUGCUUAGAGAAAAAAUCUACUCUACGGCAUUUGACUACUUCAGUAUCGCUCCCAAAUUCCCCACUCAGACAGACAAGAGGCUGAGAGAAGACAUCAGUAUAAUGAUCAAGUUCUAUGCCAGUCUUCAGUCUGACAAGAAGUAUCUGGCUGCUAGCCAGCUGGUUCCCCCAGAUCCCCAAGACAUGUCGGUGAACAGCCUGUCUGUCAUGGCGGUGACAGAUAGCCGGAGUAAUCUAGAUGCAGCGGUGGGCCAGAGGCAGCAGGUGGCUCAGGGAUGGAUCAACACCUACCCUCUGUCCUCUGGGAUGUCCACCAUAUCCAAAAAGUCAGGACUGUCCAAAAAAAGCAACAGAGGCUCUCAGCUGCAUAAAUACUACAUGAAACGCAGGACUCUACUACUAGCUUUACUGGCCAGCGAGAUUGAACGGCUGACAAUAUGGUACAACCCGCUGUCCACUCAAGAGCUCGCUAUUGCUACUGAACAGUCAGUGGAGACCAGCAUUGCAAACUGGAGGUCCAAAUACAUCAGUCUGACAGAAAAACAGUGGAAAGAUCACGUCAACCUGGCGUGGAGCAUAGCGCCUUAUCUUGCCCUGCAGCUUCCUACCAGAUUUAAAAACACAGAGGCUAUUGUUACUGAGGUGACGCGUCUGGUGCGAAUGGAUCCAGCUGCUGUGUGUGAUGUUCCAGAAGCAGUCAAGUUCCUGGUGACAUGGCACACUAUUGAUGCUGACUCUCCAGAGCUGAGUCAUAUUCUGUGCUGGGCCCCAGCAGAUCCCCCAACUGGCCUCUCUUACUUCUCCUCCAUGUAUCCUCCUCACCCCCUCACAGCCCAGUAUGGGGUCAAAGUGCUCCGCUCCUUUCCUCCUGAUGCUAUUUUAUUUUACAUUCCACAAAUUGUCCAAGCACUUCGUUACGACAAGAUGGGUUAUGUGAGAGAGUACAUCCUGUGGGCUGCUCAGACGUCUCAGCUGCUGGCUCAUCAGUUCAUCUGGAACAUGAAAACCAACAUAUACCUGGAUGAGGAAGCACACCAAAAAGACCCUGACAUAGGCGAGCUGUUGGAACAGAUGGUGGAGGAGAUCACUGGCUCGCUCUCUGGCCCGGCCAAAGACUUCUACCAGCGAGAGUUUGACUUCUUCAAUGAGAUCACCAAUGUAUCAGCAAUUAUCAAACCUUUUCCCAAAGGGGAGGAGAGGAAAAGAGCCUGCCUGGAGGCCAUGUCACAGAUCAAAGUCCAACCUGGCUGUUAUCUUCCCAGUAAUCCUGAGGCCAUCGUUUUAGAUAUAGACUACAAGUCUGGGACCCCCAUGCAAAGUGCUGCCAAAGCGCCCUACCUGGCCAAAUUCAGAGUUAAAAGAUGUGGAGUCAGUGAGCUGGAAAAAGAAGGUCUCCUGUGUCGCUCAGAUUCUGUGGAUGAAGUCAAGAACGAAGAAGAGGCCAAAAGAAUCUGCUGGCAGGCAGCCAUCUUUAAAGUGGGAGACGACUGCCGACAGGACAUGCUGGCUCUUCAAAUCAUCAGCUUAUUUAAGAACAUCUUCCAGCUGGUGGGCCUCGACCUCUAUGUGUUUCCUUACAGGGUGGUGGCCACAGCCCCCGGUUGUGGCGUGAUCGAGUGCAUCCCAGAUUGCAAGUCCCGUGAUCAGCUGGGCCGACAGACAGACUUUGGCAUGUACGAUUAUUUCAGGAACCAGUAUGGAGAUGAAUCCACGCUAGCUUUCCAGAAGGCACGGUACAACUUCAUCCGCAGUAUGGCUGCUUACAGCUUGCUGCUCUUCCUGCUGCAGAUAAAAGAUAGACACAAUGGCAACAUCAUGUUGGAUAGCCAGGGCCAUCUCAUCCACAUUGAUUUUGGCUUCAUGUUUGAAAGUUCUCCUGGUGGGAACCUCGGCUGGGAGCCUGAUAUUAAGCUCACCGAUGAGAUGGUGAUGAUCAUGGGUGGGAAGAUGGAGGCCACGCCCUUCAAGUGGUUCAUGGAAAUGUGUGUGAGAGGAUACCUGGCUGUCAGGCCCUACAUGGAUGGAGUGGUCUCCUUAGUAAACCUCAUGCUGGACACUGGUCUUCCCUGCUUCAGAGGACAAACCAUCAAAUUGCUCAAGCAGCGAUUCAACCCUGGUUUGAGUGAGAAAGAUGCAGCUUCCUUCAUCAUCAAAGUCGUCCAGAACUGCUUCCUCAGCAACAGGAGUAGAACCUACGACAUGAUCCAGUAUUACCAAAAUCAGAUACCGUAUUAAAUAUUUGUGCCUAAGCAUGUGCACAUGUAUAGUGACUGGUACAUAGUGUGUGUGUAUGUGCCUGAGUAUGCAUGUGUGCCUUUGUUAAAAUGUUCACCAGUGACGAUUGUUGGAUAAAGUCCUUUAUGUUUAAAUAUCACUUACUUAAGCUUCUUGUUUCUUCUCAUACCAAACUUCCGUAUAUUAGUAGUCUAUUCUGUUAUUUAUUAUGUUGAAUCAAUAUGAAUUAUUAUCACAUUAUUACACUCGCAUCUUGACACUUUUUAAAUUAUUUGUACUGAGUGUGAAUUCUUGAAGCUGUUGAUUUUUCGAUGGGGUUUCAAAUGUAAUUGGAGACUGAUUUCUGUUCUGACCAAUGUGGCCUAUUCUGUCAUCUCAAAACUCUACUGUACUACUGUGCAUCUCUUUUUGAUGGACCAGUCAAGAGUUCUUAGAUCUGUGGCAUGGUACUUGUCUUGUUUUUAAAAAGUAAGUGGGACUGUAUAGACUUAGGUUACCAUCUGUAUUUUGCACACCAGGUAACACUGGGUCUGUGUUUUGUAUAUUUAGCAUUGCUAAAGGGGAGGGAAAGUAAUGCACAUAAGUACAACAUUUUUAUUGUUUGGUGAUGGAAGUAAGUGCAGCUUGAUCGUUAAGUGUUAACUUCCAUGUAGCCUCCUGUGUUGUUUCGGGGGAGGGUUGUGUUUUUUUUUGUUAUCCAAAGUGCUGUGCCCCAUGUUCAUAUGCUUAGUAAGCGUUUAUGUAAUGUUACUGAUUGUAAAGAUUUUGCCUCUUUGUAUAUUUAUAUUCAUGAACCAUUUUCUCUCUACUUUUCUGUCUCCAUGCCUUUUGAAUGAAAAUGCACAAGAUAUGAAAUAAAAUAAAGAUAUAUUAACUUAA